AUGCGUCUUACAACUAUUUCUCUGGCCCUUCAGUCCAUCGGACUCAUCAGUGCACGAGCAAUAAAUCAUCCUAACCUCCGUGUUGAAACUUUCAUCAACCAUGGCUCUUCUUUCGACAUGGUCUCCUCCCUGAUCAUCGGGUCUCAAGCGGCCGUCCUGAUCGACUUGCCCAUGGCGAUCGAAGGCGCAGAGGCACUAGCUGAUUGGGUUCGCAACACGACCGAUAAGCCACUUGUCGCUGCUUUCACCACUCACUUCCAUCCUGAUCACUACCUCAGUGGUGGUGCACUGUUGUCGCGAUUUCCAGAGGCGAAGUACUAUGCCAAUUCUAAGGCGGCGGCCGAGAUUAAGAAGGAAGCAGCUCACAAGGUCAAGCUGAUGAAGGGUGUUCUUGGCGAAAAGUCCAUCGUUAACAAGGUUCACCUGCCUACGCCAUACGACUUCUCAUUCUUCACCCUGCCCGGCGACGAAGCCACGCCGAUUCAAUUCUUGAACCCUCUUACCGGCGACACCGUCGAUGAAACACUCUUCUGGAUCCCCUCCAUCAAGACCUUGAUAGCUGGCGACUCCGUGUACGGGCACGAUAUGCAUCUCUGGCUCGCCGACUCUCUGACCAAGGCCCUCACGGAAUCCUGGCUUUCAACCCUCGAUUUAAUCGACUAUCUCAAGCCCAACGUCGUUAUUCCCGGGCACAGUCUGUCGAAUAAGAAGUUUGGUUGCUCAAUCGAUGUUGAUCAUACACGCACUUAUCUGAAGUAUUGGCAGAAGGAGAUUGAGGCCAAGGGUCUUGAUCACUUCACACCUCAGGUCAUCUUCGACAAGUUCAGCAAGCAGUUUCCCGGUCUGCUCAACUUGAACUCUUCUACCUCGGCUUUCUUGCUGAACAGCACGGCUGAGCAGUUUGGUCGUGGUGGAACGCGACAGGUUCACUACAUCAAUCUCGCUGCUUAUACUGAUGUUGAGGCACUUGACGGGUGGACUAUAGGUUAUCUUUCGUCAACAGUCACGACUCGCAAGUUAGACUCACCGCGCAUCCAAUCAGGACAGAGGUCAAUUUGUCAGCACUGCUUCCGCGGAAGUCAAGAUAAGCAUGCAUGCGAUGUCUGCUAUCGCAAGCGAAUCCGCUGCGACGGACAAAAGCCCCGGUGCUCACAUUGCGUUCUCUACAAAUCUGACUGCACGUUUCAAGCUACAAGCCGUAAAGCUGCAACAAGAAAACGGCCCAAUGGUACCGCGGCGGCUUUGCAGUCUCAGGUUCAUUCACUCGAGUCGAGCCUUGAUGAAGCACAGCAGAGGAUAAAAGAGCUUGAGGAGCGGUUGUCGCAGAAAAGCAGUCGGCAGGUUAAUCGGGCGCAGGUCAAAGAUUAUGACGUCAGCUAUUCUGGAAAGGGUUCUCUUGAACUAGGCCAUGAGUUACCGUCUCAACACGAAGUCUUAUCGGGAGUCAACAAGUUCCUUACAACCUUCAACACCAUUCUGCCCCUCUUUGAUUCACAGCGACUUCUAUCUCGGGUCAAUACAUGGUACGAGCGACCUCACCAACGAGAUACCUCGACUUGGGCUGCCAUCAACGUCGUUCUUUCUCUGGCCUACCGUCAUAUCCCAGACGAGGAGAAGCCGCCCAAGUACAGUACUCUGUAUUUCAUGAACAUGGCUCAAUCAGUGCUCAACGACAUCAUGUUGGGUGAUUCAAAUCUCCUGGACGUCCAAACCAUUGUCGGAAUGGUUGUGUUGUUGCAAGCGACAUCAGACUUGAAACCGGCUUCGGCUCUGAUACCCAUUGCUUUGCGUCUUGCUCAUGGACUGAGACUGCAUACAAGAUCAAAUUCGGAGCAUUUCAGUGCUCCCGAAACCUUGGAGCGAGAUCGAGUCUUCUGGAUUGCUUACAUCCUCGAUCGAGACAUAUCGAUGCGAACAAAACUACCUCCUAUUCAGAGUCAAAAUAACAUCAGUAUUGAUUGGCCAUCAGCUACACCUGCUGACGGAGCUGGUAUGCUAUACACAGCUGAUAAUUCGUCUAGCUUCAACUUCUUUCUGUCACGUGUGCAGCUUGCGCAUAUCCAAGGCGAAGUUUAUGAAGCAAUGCUGUCCAUGUCCCCCACUGCAUCAGAUGUCUACGUUCGUCUUGACAACGUGACUCGAAUACACCAGAUGCUAGAUGAUUGGCUUGCCCGUAUACCUUUUGAGUUUUCUCCCAGUGCCAUCACUCAAAGCGGGAACGCAAACCUACAGAGGGCUUUUGGUGUUUUGUACUCAAGCCAUCUCACUUGUCGAAGUGUCGUCUGCAAGGCUCAUGCCAUGGAAGCACAAUGGAUACCAAGCCUUCAAGACUUCGGAAGAAAGGCAGUCGAGCAAGGGGCAGUCACUGCUCCACGGUUGCCGGUGGGUUGGCAUAAACUUGUUCAUGAGUCUCGCGGGUACAUCGAACUCUUUAUAGCAAUUGAUCACAAGGAUCCUGCAUUUAUCUGGAUGACUGCGUGUACUUAUAUCUCUGCGGCAGUAUGCCUAACGGCCAACAGCCUAUUCAACCCUUGGCACACAAAGGCUGAGACGGAUGAUCAGUUGAUCAACCCCGCAUUCAGCUUUCUGGAUGAUAUUAUUCUGCAAGCACCGCUUCCGCAGCUGAAGCUACAUGCUGCCGUGAUACCAACCCCAUCCUCCGCGGAACAGCCAGCUUAA